AAGCCAGCAAGAGACUGAAAAGAGCAAGAGAAAGUGGCAGCUGAGAAGGACUGUGAAAUCACCUCCCCUUUUUUGGACUGUCGAUCAGAGCGAGAGUUGUACAUUAUUAUUAUUGUUUUUCUUUCUGCGUCUAUCUGUCCACAUACGCAGGCAGAGAAAGAGACAAGUACUGACAGUGAAACUCGACGAGACCAGCCAUGGUAGCAAGGGCUCAGCCUGAUCGGAAACAAUUACCGCUGGUCCUACUGAGAUUGCUUUGCCUUCUCCCUACAGGGCUGCCAGUCCGCAGCGUGGAUUUUACCCGAGGUACCGAUAACAUCACCGUGAGGCAAGGGGACACAGCCAUCCUCAGGUGUUAUGUAGAAGACAGAAGCUCCAAGGUGGCCUGGUUAAAUCGUUCUGGCAUCAUUUUUGCUGGAGAGGACAAGUGGUCCCUGGACCCUCGAGUAGAGCUGGAGAAGAGAAACCCCCUGGAAUACAGCCUGCGGAUCCAGAAAGUGGAUGUCUACGAUGAGGGGUCCUACACGUGUUCAGUGCAGACACAGCAUCAUCCCAAGACUUCCCAGGUUUACUUGAUUGUGCAAGUUCCACCAAAGAUCUCCAAUAUCUCCUCGGACAUCACCGUGAAUGAGGGCAGCAAUGUGACCCUGGUUUGCAUGGCAAAUGGGCGUCCUGAGCCUGUCAUCACCUGGAGGCAUCUCACUCCCACAGGCAGAGAGUUUGAAGGUGAGGAGGAGUACCUGGAGAUCCUGGGGAUCACACGAGAGCAGUCGGGCAAGUACGAGUGCAAAGCUGCCAACGAAGUUGCCUCAGCAGACGUCAAGCAAGUCCGGGUCACUGUGAACUACCCUCCCACCAUCACAGAGUCCAAGAGCAAUGAAGCGGCCACGGGACGACAAGCCUUACUGCGGUGCGAGGCAUCAGCAGUGCCCACGCCCGAUUUCGAGUGGUACAGAGAUGAUACCAGGAUAAACAGCGCCAAUGGUCUGGAGAUAAAGAGCACGGGGAGCCAGUCUCUGCUGAUGGUGGCCAAUGUCACUGAGGAGCACUACGGGAACUACACCUGUGUGGCUGCCAACAAGCUGGGAGUCACAAAUGCCAGCCUAUACCUUUACAAACGAGUUUUACCCACACUCCCCAAUCCUUUUCCAGGACCCGGCACAGGGAGAGUAGACAACGGCUCCAUGAGUUUGGCCGUCCCACUGUGGCUUCUGGCAGCAUCCCUGCUCUGCCUACUCAGCAAAUGUUAAUACAAAUCAGAAUUAAAAUAAUAAUAUUAAUAAUAAUUAAAAAAACAACACGACAACAACAACAACAACACACAAAACAAAACGCGUUAUACAGGAGACAGAGCGAAGAGAGGGGAGAGAGAAAAAAGAGGGGGGGAGAGAGAGAGACGACUGUUUCUUUCACAACUUUUGUGUGUUCAGGAGCGAAGAGGGGGGAGAGGAAAAAUUACAGCAAAGAAGACUCAGCAACAUUUAAUCCAAAACCUGAAAAGCCGGCUGUCAAGUCAUCGACUGCCUAGGAGGCAACACGAAGCGAGGGAGAGAAUGGGGCACCAGCAAGGAUCGUGUCGCCAGAGGAUGCUGCAAUGUAAACAAUCCAACAAAACCUGCAAAGCCAAUCAAAAAGAAGAUCCCUUUUCUUUUCUCUCCUCCUUCCUCUUUUCCAUACUCCCUCACUUUGCUUCCUUCCUCCUCUUUCUUUCUUUUGCAGAAAGAGGUCUUUGCUUCGUUGUCUAUAGCCAUUUAACUUUUUGGAUGCCCUGGGUCAUUUUUGUGAGCUAAUGCUCAGCCAGUUCAUACUUUUAAAAACAAAUCUAAAAAAAAAAAAAAAAAAAAGAGAAAAGAAAAAAAAAAAUAACAGCCACAAACCAGAGCAAGUCACCUGAAGCUCUCUGCACACUGGUGUCCUGUGAAGAACCCCUUCCUCUCUUCACUUCACCCUGUGCUCAUGUGCACCCAGCCCUUGCUAAACACCUUAUUUCCUUUCCUGUCCCCUCCUUCAUGCAACAUCACCCCCACAGGCCUAAUCUAAAGCUGUGUCAACUCUACUGAAAGCCUACUUUUUUUUUUCUUUUAAAAUCCUCUUCCUUCCCCCCCCUCAAUUCAACCAGGUGUCUUUCUCUUUCUCCUGUGUAUGCCUGUGUGCGUGCGUGCAUGCAUGUGUGGCUCUUGCUCCGUCUUCCCUCUUUCUCUCUUUCUCUUGCUCUCUCUAAGCAUGCAAAAUGAACAGCCCAUGUGUACAUAUGCUCAUCCUGUUGUAGAUAAUGUCCUGCCUUGUAAGUGUGAGACAAGAUACAGAGAGAUCACUUAGGCAGAGAAGAGGGGUGAGGAGAGAGGGGCAGCUGCAAAACAGGUUCAUAUUGUGUCCCCUCUCCUAUGUCCUCACUGGCUUUUUGUCUUCUGGCCAUCUUGCUUGCAAGAGUCAGUCUGCACCGUUGUCUAGGCUUUUUCUCCUCUCCUACUUCCAAUCUGUUUGGCUCUCAGCCUCCAAGUACCAGUGUAGCAGCUCUUGCUAUGCAUGAGUGCUUGCACACAUGCAUGGGGGUGUGCACUCAUGUGCAAUUGUCCAAGCAAGCAGAAGAAACCAGGACUGGCCUACAACACUAUGGACUGAAGAGUGCAGUCACCAUUCCUCCUGGGGAUGGGAGGCUGGGUCGGUGGGGUGUGAGUGAUGAGACCUUGGACAUCACCAAGCAGCCAUUCCUUUUAGAUACAGUGUGCAUAGGAACAAUACCUCAACACAAAAACCACAAUCUGGUCAUUCCUAACCAUUUUGGUAGACAUGCAAAAAUAGAGCCAAUACCCUUUUUUGUUGCUUUGUUGUUUUUGUUUUUACUGUCCUCCCCAGUAUAAAAGGAAAUGUAGGCUGUGUAAGGGGGAGUGUGUGUGUGUGUGUGUGUGUGUGUGUGCUGUAUACCACUGCUAUUACAAAACACACCGCAAAUUCCACAUUUGAAAGAAAUUGGGUCAGAAAAUGUCCAGGACUUGUGAAUGUAAGAAAUAAAACAAAUGUCAGGUCCAAAAUCCUGGGCUUACAAAGAAGGAGCAUAAAAUGAUGCAGCGAAGAAGUGGGCAGUACAAUUUCCCCUGCUCUUCUCUUAUCUCAAGGGUGCUGGUUUUGCUGAGAGUGCCCCACACUUCCCCUGUGGCAGAAUCACAUACAGAGGUGCCAACAAGAGAGGCUUUAGUGGUUCCAAGUGAGGAAGUGAAAAAAAGCUGUGAGAAACAGGACUGAGAAAAUGGUGGGCAGUGGCUGGAAUUUGUCACACCAGCACAAUGUCUGCUGCAAGAGCCAGAGUGAGCAGGGGCUGCAGUGCCUGUGUGUGGGUGGGGGCAGUGGGAAGAAGAUUCCUGUGUCCCCUGGCCUGUCACGAGCCAUAGUAUCCACCAGCAGCAAAGAUGAUAAAGCACAGGGUUUAUCAGGUAGGCCUUUUUUGGAGAGAGGGAUGUGCAGGGGAGAGCUUGAUUUAGCCCAGUGAAGUCGAGUGACCAUCCCACCACAGCAGAGUGUUUUACAGGUGCUCAGCCACUCGGCUUUCAAGCAGCAGCCAGUUUGCUCCUCUGUCUUUGCCCUGGGCACCAGGGCAGUGGCAGCACGCUUGGCAGCUGUGCUCACAUGAAGGCAAGGGGGAAACAGCUUGGCCUUGCAGUGUGCGGGAGGGGAUGCCCCCAGGUGUCCCCUGACAGGAGGGAAAGUGGGAAUUGCUGCCUGCGAGCCCGUCCCCACCUUUGCGUGGGCGGGACACAGUCCGGUGAGGCUGUGCCUUGCACUGCGGCACUGCCGGCGCUGCUGAGCUCAGCUCUUCCGAGAAGCAGCAGGCAUGCAAUUAAGCAGGCAGUCAAGGGCUCCUCCCAGGCAGCCAGAAGAGCAAGGAGAUUUAUUAGACACAUGAGAGGCUGAAGUUUGGGCAUUGCAAGAGCUACUGUGGAAUUGGAUGGUGGUAGUUUAUGCUCCUCCAGACGCCAAAGCCAUACCUGCAAGAGGGUGCAAGUCACAAGUGGGCAACUGGUGCUUGAAAUCCACCCAAGGCAUCCAGGGAUGGCUCCCUUCCUCCAAAAUUGUCAGUCAUUGAUGGGACUUGGGCAUUUCUUUUGGAGACUGGUGUGUGUCAGCCCACGAAAAAAUACGCCCUGCAUCCUUCAGAGCAUUCAGAGGUCCCAGUCCUCGUGCCUAACUUUCAGGAGGGCCGUCUAAUUCAGAGUCUUAGUAACAAGUCCAGAUUUUCUACUGCAGCAGGCCUCCUCUUUCCCCUGGUACAGCCGUGAGCUGAUCCUGGUUCCAGAAGCCAGGUCUGGGAGCUGCACCCUUUCCUGCACACUGGCACGAGGGAAAACACACACUGCUCUUUCUUGGGGCUGUACCUAUGCCUGGAUUUAUUGCCACAGGAUUUAUUUGUUGAAAAAGGUGGGCAGCCUGCAGUGUCUUGCUGUGACAGCCUGCUCCUAAGGGCUGAGUCAAGCCCACUUUAGGUUCUUUGAUGUCAACCCGGUUGCUAUGGUAGCACCUGUCCCAUGUGCUCUCUGCAUGUGUUUUUGUCACUGUGGGGUCACUCCUGGCCACUGGGGUCACACACAUCAGACCCCUACGGUGUGGUGGUGGUCAUUGAGUCCCAGCUCCUCAUUAUCUCACGUCUGUUUUGGUUCAAAGGAGUUUUGAGGGGAUGGUUUUUUUUAGAUGUCAAGGCAUAUGGUUAAAAGGGAGAUAUCUCACUAAAAGCAGGGAAUCAAUUUUUUUAAAUCAUCUGCCCAUUAGUGGGGGAAAUGGCCUCAGCCCCAGUGCUGGGAUCUGGUUUCUUCUGCAGGCCCUGGGCAGAUCUUUGCCUCUGUUGUGUGGCUGUAAAACAGGGUGAAAGCCAGUUAAUUGCAGACCUCUCUGAGAAAAGCCACCAACACCAAGUAUGCCUGUUGUCUGCAGAAGUGCUGGGAACCAUACUCCUGGCAAUGUCUGUUCCUAGGGAAAUUAUGGGUAAAAUUAUGGGUAGGUUGGAGCUUGAUUUUCUCCAAGAAUCUAAUCCUGUGAGCUGCAGUGUACCUCACAGGGUGCCGUAAAAAUCUUCCUGUUUCUCCUGAACUCAAGCUGAAUGCUUUUUCCCAUUCUUUCUCCCCUCCAUCCUCUGAUGGAGAUGUUGCAAUGGCUUUUCUUGUGUCUCAGGCCCUUCUCCCUGAAACUCUUUCUCCUAAUCAUCUCUUUUCCCUGUUUGCAUUGCUAUCUUUCCCAUCACCUCCCAAAAAGCUGUGUUCUUGCUUCCUGCUGCCUCUCAGCUGGUUGGGGACCAGGGAAGGUGGGUGUUUGAAAUGGGACACCAGUUCCUUGAGCUUGUCAGUGUAAUUGUGUUUGAUUGAUGGAGAUUUAACAUUUAGUGUCAUAAAAAGAUAUGAACAAAAUGGAAAAAAAAAUUGUAUUUCUUCUACUGGUUUGUAAAUAUUACAAGAGUUACAUGAGAUGUCUGGUAAUGUCAAAGCAGAGGAACAAAAACUUAGAUUUCAUAUAUGGCCCCAUAAUUGCUAGCAGAUUUCUAACCCUUUUCGGAUGACUGAGAGGAGGGGUGAAGGCAAGUCUUUCUGAAAGGACCUGGGCAGGGGAAAUGCAGCCACCCCGAGCCACAUGAACUCCAUGCAUGAUUGUAGCAUGUUGGUUGGAGCGUGUGCCUGGUCAGAUGGAAAACGAAGCAAACGCCUGUCUCUGAACGGCUGGGAAGGGCGCUGUGGGAUGCUCCGGCCGGCCGACACCUGUAUCCUGGCAGUCGUGUUCAUUUCUGUUUGUUUGCAGCCCCACACUCGUGGCUCAGUGAUGCACCCUCUCCUCCUCCUCCUCCUCCCCCGUACCCGCUUUCUUCACCGGUGAAGUUGUGUCGCCCCAUGCUAACCCCGAGUGCAUGUGAACGUGCCAUUCAUGGAGAUCUCAUUGGUGACAUGCAUUGUGUCAAGAGUUAGUCUUUGUCUGCACAUCUUUCUCACACCACUGACUGUUCACCACUUGGGCAGAUCGCUCGUGCACUGCUGCUUGACCCACUUUUGGUCAAAGAACAUCCAAGCCCCACCAGCUCUUCUUAGUUCCAGGUGCAUCCAGACCAUGCCCCCAGCCACCUGUCUGAGCAACCCCGUUCUGAAUGUCCAAGCCCACAGCAUGGACAAAGCCACCAUCAAAAGCCAUGUGGUCUCCAGGCUGAGUAGAAGCUACACAUCUGGAAGGAAUCUGGGGGAGCAGCAGGAAGUCCUGAUGAAACAAGAGGAUCUGGGAAGUUGGAGGAGUUAUGCUAGAAUCCUUCACAGACCCACCAGCAGAUGAUAUUUCAGCUCAGUUUUUGUGUAGUGUUUCAUCACUUCGCCCUUCCCUGGUGAGGGAAUCUAUGGGCACAGGGAAACACCUCUUCUCCUCCUCCCAACCCCUCACACCUCUGCUUCCUCUCCUCCAAGCAGACUGACCUGCAGCCCAAAUCAUCAUGGUGCUUGAUGUGAUGUAGCAACUGACAUGGGGGAUGGCUGACCAAGACAGUAUGACAGAGGAGGUGCUAGGGGGGUGAGCAGUUCUCUCUCUUUCUCUCUCUCUUUCUCUCCUGAUGGUGCACAAUCUUACUGCUUCUCUGACUCAAGGACACAAAACUUCUUGAGUUUGGGAUGCUGGGAGCAAACUGUCUUAUGGGAAGAGCAAAACUUGAGGCAGGGAAGUGAUGGAGAAGCUGGAUGGUAAUUUCCAAGCUGUGAUGCCAGUGGAAAAGGGUAGGGAUGAGUGCUGUCCAUCAUCCAUGCACAGAACUCUCAGGUUCACCAGCGAGGAGACCAUGGCCUCUCAACGCUAAUCUUAGAGUGGCUUCAUUUCCAGUGGGAUGCCCAGAAGAUGAUUUUUUUUUAAUUGCAUGACUGCUGGCUAAGAGCUAUGUCACACCACUAAAGCCUCUUUCACUUUUCCUUCUUGUAACUUGCUAGAACAGCGAUCGGGCAGCUCCCACAGCCCCCAGAAUUUUGCCUAAUGGUUGGCUUCCAUUGGGGCAACAUAUGGUGCUUGCUUGUUGGUUCACUUGCUGUAAGGGGGAGCAGAACUCAUCCUGGUGAGAGUACGUCAGUAUGGUCCUCUGAACCUCUGUGGGUCGGGGUGAUAGAGUGAGGCAAGGAGAUCUCCAAGGCAGGCCUUGGGCAGGAGGAGCAGCUCUCCUAAUUAGCCCAGGCUGGUGGGAAGCAAAGUCCUUCACUUGCUGCAGGCUUGGGUUAGCUGGCACCACAGCAACUCGGAUGGCCCUGCAAGCCUUGUAGGAGUGGAGAAGGAGGGGGCAGUGACAGGGGGACAUGACUGCAGCGCAGGUGGUGGGGGCUGCAUGAGCAGCAGGGCUCCUUGGGCAGCGCAGCUGGGGAAGGGGCAGAGGUUGCAUCCCAGGUGGGCCCUUCUUUCCCUGCCUGUCCUCAUGGUGCAUCAGGAGCUCCCUCCUGACCUCCUGGGACAUGCUCACCAUGCAGCAAAAUGGGCCUCAGUGAGUAAAGCAGUGUGGCACCACGUGUGGUGGCUCCAGCCAUGUCCUGAGGAAAGGCGUGUGGAUGUUUCUGUCUGUAACAGAGGGGUCAUGGGUGGAGACGAGGAGCAAGGCCUUCCUAGGAGCCAGCCAGUGGGGAGAGCACGUCCCAGGCGGGGCUGUCCUUCUCCAGAAUUGUGACAUUUGCUCCCCGUUUGAGCACACACAGGCUCACACGCACACGCCCGCCAGCUCCACGGCGCACAUGCUACGGGAGUGCUCCUGGGCGCUCUCCUUCCCCACACGCUCCACCACGCACAGCCAGGCAGGGCUCAGCCUCCUUCCUGCUGCUGGCCGUGGCUCUGCCUGUGACACACAGCUACCUUGUGACCUCCUGAGGAGCCAGGAGAAGGCCUGGGCACGCCUGUGCCUGUGCCUGUGCCUGCGGGAGCACACGUGUGCACCAGGAAAGGGAGGAGGGGGCACAGAGCAGGAACUUGCCUCCACGGUGCCACCUCCCAAAAUCAUUCAACCUUCCCAGCUGGAGCCAAGAUUCAUCCUCUAGACCUUGAGAAUGAAGUCCAGUCCCUUCUUCUUGCUACACGGUGGGGUGGUUAGAACUCUCCUCAUUAACAGUGUUAUAUACAUAUAAAUAUAUAUAUAUAUCUAUAUCUUUAUAUAUAUUUUUCCCCAGCACUGUAGACAUGAGCUGAACUUCUCUUUAAUGAAACGAGAAAAUGGCCAUUUUAUUUUUUCCAUUGUUUUGGUUUUGAAACUAGCUCUGUGAAAGAAAAUUUUAAAAGCGCAAGUGUGUGUGUAAAGGAACCAAUCAAAAAAAUUAAACCCAAAAAACAAAUGAACAAAACCCAGUGAUGAAAUAAAAAAAAGAAGCUUUUUAUUUUUUCUUUUCUCAAUGUAUUUAACUUCUGUUAUCUCGUUUCUGUUUCUUUACAUGUAUGAAUGCUCUGCUCUUCUGUGAUCUUAAAAAAAAUAUACAAAAAAAUACAAAAAUUAAAUAAACAUGAAAAGGAGGUAAUGUU